AUGAGCAAGCCAAUAUUUGAUCCCGUCACUAACCAGUGGUCGAACAUCGCUUCAAUGCACACGAUUCGGGAAUCUUGCGGUGUUGCUGCGAUGGCGCUUUCCUCGCAGGGUGGAGUGAGGGGUACGGAAUGUCUGAACGUUGUUGAACGCUAUGAUCCUGGCCGAAACGCAUGGACCAACGUGGCGCCUACGCGUUCACGCCGGUGUGGAGUGUCUGUCGCAGUGGUCAAUGGAUGUUUGUACGCUGUCGGAGGACGAGAUGGAUGGCUAACGUGGAGUACUGUCGAAAGGCUUGACCCUCGUGUUGGUAAAUGGGAAGAUGUUUGUCCGAUGUCAACACGUCGAUCACAUUCGGGAUCUGCAAUGUUCGACGGUCAUUUGUACAUCGUAGGAGGGCAGCAGGGAACCACCGCAUUGAGCUCGGGCGAGAAAUACAACCCUGUCGCCAAUGCAUGGAUCGAAGUGGCUGCUUUGAACAACAAGGAAAAUACUCACGAAAUGGCAAAACUAAAAAGGUUCCGUUCGCAGAUGACGCUGGCCGUCGUCAAUGAAAAGCUGUAUGCUGUGGGUGAUGCAUACAUUGAAGUGUACGACAAGGAGUUGAACUUUUGGAAAAAUCACAUUAACACAAAAGAU